UUUAAAUUACUUUUUAUUUGCUCAUGCAGUUGCAUCGUGAGAUACUUAAAAAAAUUAUUUUCGUUAUGGCCCCUGACAUUAAAAACUUACCACUCCUGUAACUCAUGUAAGUACUCUAUAAAAAAUGUAUUGGAAAUUGGCGCGAAUAAUUUCAAGCCUGGGGCAGUAAAAUUUCCAAAUACGGCUGUAUAUAGGGUUAAUGUACUAUUUUAAACUAUGAUACUAUUCAUGUUUUAUAGUGUACUUACUAACUUUUUUAAUAACUAUACUACUAAAAAUAUUAUUACCUUAUUACUUGGGAACAUUUGUGUAAUAAUAUAAUCACAGAAGCAUAGUAAUAGUGAACUGGCUUAAACAAUUAAACGUUUAACAGGCAACCACAAAUGCAUUGAUUAUAGCACUUAAACAAAAAUAAUUUCAAACCAAAUCUUUAAAUAAUUAAAAUCAAUUAGGCACACAUUCUAAACGUAGCAACUACAAAAACAAUGAAUACACAUGAACACCUGAUUGAAAGUGUGUUACAGACUACACAGAAAUUUAACUGCGGUUCAUCAAUUAUCACAUUAUUGCCUUCAUUUUUUUAUUUCUUUUACUUCUGGCGUUUAUCCGAAACAUAUAUAAUAGCAUACAUGAAUCCAAUUCAAAGACCGCGCCGUCUGCACAGAGUUCCAAAAGGUCUAUGGUGGAAAUUCUGGCUGAAGAUAACACUUACUUCAAUGUUAGUAUGGAGUGGUAGUCAAUGUUGGUCAGAUGGAUUAGUACCUAUACUUAAAACUUACACGUCACCUAUUCUUACAAUGAUAAACAACAACUUGAGACCACAAUUUCAAAUGAACCAAACGACUCUGCAAUCACUGGAAUGCAUUUGUAAAUUAAUCGUCUGUUAUUCUGUGGUGGCUUUGGUACGUUGGUGUUACAUUUAUGUUGAUAAUAACUAUCAAUACACUAGAAGGAGAUCAAGAAUACGCCGAAUAUACAACUGGCGCACGCUGAUUCCCGGGAGAGGAACAAGCGAACUAGGAGAAGAUGGUUAUUUGCUAAUGCAAACCAUUUUACCUACAGAACCCCAACAACCCCCAGAGUUGGUGGAAAAUAACAAUAGGAAAAAAGUGAAACUUACGCAAAGUUGCCAACUGUCCACGAAAUUUACGUCAAUUAUUCCAAAAGUAAUUGUGAGACGUAAAUCAGUAUAAAUUUUAAUUUUAAAUGUUUGAGCAUAAAAUACUAUAUUUCAAUAAUAAUAUUUGAUAUAUACAAACAAUUUGUGUACAAUUUGUAAAUUUUAUUUUCUUCGCCGUCGCUUGAUAGAACGAUAUCUGGCUAUUUCCAUUAUUUUUUCAUAUAAUAAAGUAGUGUGUUUAAUGUUUAUAUUACAUUUUUUUUUUUAAAUCGUUAAGGAUUGUCAUACUAGUGGCCCACCUUACCAUUUUAAUGUAAACAUUUUUACGCACAUUGCAAAAACAAUAGACAUGCACUAAAAGCGCAGUGCUGCAUGCUAGUUUCAUCCCAAAGAUAGAAAUUGCAAUAAGUGCCAAAUGAAAUGGUGUAUACGGUAUGUGCUUUUAAGGAUCCAACUAAGUACGCUGACGCACUAAUAGUGCCUACUCGAAUCCUGUUAGACUAUUCGUAAUGCAUGUCUUCACUAUACCUACGUCCCCUAAAUGAUUUAGGUCACAUUAUUAAAUAUUCACAUUGUA